AUGCCUUCCAAAUCUAAUCAACUUCCGAGCCUCGAUCUCAAAACUACCUCAUUCAACAAGGGCAUGUCGAACCCCGCGUCGAAAAGCGCCGAUGCUCUGAAACCAGAGUCCACAUUAAGCCCCCUCACACCCCGUUCCCCGAGAUCCUCACCAUCGUCGCCGCGGUCAAUCCGAGAUGAACCAACGAUACGUCCAGUGACCUCGCGAUCCAGAACUGGCUCGACGAAUGGUCCACUUUCUCCCAGUGAUCCAGAACCUCCUACUCCGAACUUUACAGCGAUGCCCCAAUAUCCACCAUCACCAAAAGAAAACAAACAUAACCGCGACCCUUCACGCUCGUUUUUUGCCAACCUGAAAGCUUCCAGAUCAUCCCAUAAGAUUACCAAUUCCGACAGUUCAGGCCUUUCAGCAGAACCGCCGUCUAAGAGCCGAGGAAACUCUCGUGAUCGAUCUCAGCCGACGCUAAGAAAGAAUAGCUCAAUCCCCGAUCUACUAGACACCGCUUCGCGGCAAGGCAAGGAUAAACCCGAGGAUUCACAAUACAACCAACCCAGAGGCCAAUUUGUCGAUGAUAAUCGAAAUGAUGGGCAACACAUUCRGGGCCCGCCAGUGAAGAAGAACAAGCCUCGAUUUGGAAAUCUGCUCUCCCGAACUCGCUCAGUCAGGGUAGAUGAAAAAUCCGCUCUUAAGAGCGCUGGCCUGCGUCGCCCGUCAAAUGCAACUCUGCUCAAAGUGUCCGAAAGCCAGGAGGAGAUUUCAGCACCUCCAAAAACGGCACCCUUACGAGUUGACAAGGAUUUCUACGAAGGGCCCAGCACGAAUGGAAACAAUCGCCCGACUGAUCGCCCAACUGAGGUCCGUCCGCAUACCAGUCGUAGGGAGAGAAACCCAUCACUAGCACCAUCAAGCUCGCUUAUGCAGGUAUCUGGAGCAUCUGCCUCGUUGUUCAACAAUAUCAAACACUCGUCCAGUGGAGCCGCGGACCGUCUAGGCAAGGCUGGAAAAGGGUUCUUUGGUAAGAUCACGAGAAGCGGAAGUACAAAUGAGCGAGAAGUUAUCCUGGAUGACAACUACGUGUGCACCGUCAUCAAUCUCCCUCUUAUUGAACAGACCCGAAAAACACGAAUCUCGAAGCGUCUAGAAGACUGCAAGGAUAAGACUGAGUAUUGGAUGCCCGCGCUACCCUAUCGCUGUAUUGACUACUUGAACUACAAGGGAUGCGAAGAGGAGGGGCUGUAUAGGGUUCCUGGAAGUGGAAAAGAAGUCAAACAUUGGCAGCGCCGAUUCGACUCGGAAGGUGACAUCAAUCUAUUCGAUGAACCCGACUUGUACGAUAUCAAUACGAUUGGGUCUAUGUUCAAGGCGUGGUUGCGAGAAUUGCCGGAUGAGCUUCUACCGAAAGCAACGCAGCAAAUGAUUGCGGAGAAAUGCGAAGGAGCAACAACGGCGCCACAGCUACUGAAAGAUGAGCUAUCGAAACUUCCACCAUACAACUACUACCUGCUAUUUGCGAUAACGUGUCAUCUAAAUCUGCUUCAUUCGUACGUCGAUCAGAACAAGAUGAACUAUCAGAAUCUGUGCAUUUGCUUCCAACCAUGCAUGAAGAUUGACGGGUUCUGCUUUCAGUUCCUAGUCUGUGACUGGAAAAACUGUUGGCAGGGCUGCUGGACAGAGAAGGAAUGGGCGCAGGAGGAAAAGGAAGCCCAAGAGAGAGCUGCAAGGGAAGCAAAGGAGGCACAAGCGGCAAAACUCAAUGGAAGCAAACACACCAACAACAGUCGUAACGGUACUACCGUUCCAAACUUCUUGCAACAUGAAUCCCCCUUCCCUGAGUCCUCGUCAGCUGCCGAGGAGCKUGCGAUCUCAUCUUCCGGCAGCAGCCAGCCAUAUCUCUCUGACAGCAAUCAACCAGUGAAACCAGCAUCGACACCACGCAAAMCCCGMCCUGCCAAUCUCGAGGAUACCGGCAAAAGUCAUCGACGAAGCAUAUCCCAGCUACCAGAGCUGGGGCCUCCGCUUUCGCCAAUCAAGAUCUAA